CUAUCUAAAAAUCCAAAGGAAAAACUUUUAGCAAUAGGACCCAGAGGAUUGUUGCAUAUAUCAACACAAACUUUGGACAAGCACACCUUUAGGGGGUCUCUGCCAGACAAUGAUGUCAAAAACCUUCCAAAGCAGUUCAAUACGGUAUCCAAAAGUUUAGGUUUUGAGCUAUGUCAUUGGCUAAAAAACAGCUGACAGGAAAACACAAUGACUCUUGAAGCCAGACCAGAGUGUACUAUAAAGUAGACAGACGGUAUAUUUUCUUCACCGGAGAGAACUUGGGAUUUAAUCAGAGAAAAAACUUUACAGAAAAAACACCCAACUGGGAUGACAAGAUGAGCGCGUCUGUUGCAGUGUAUAGGAAUAUUUACACCGAGGACCGUUUCAGGCAGUCAUUUGGUACCGAGGAUAAACCGAAAGCAGGCGUGCGGCUCCGGGAAAAGUUCUUAGGAUGGUGCAGGUGUUCUCGAGGGACAUGUCUUCACCUGUUGCGAGAACGACUACCCAUUUUCAACUGGCUGCCGAAGUACAGACUCAAGAAAUGGAUACUUGGAGAUACUAUAGCGGGACUUACUGUUGGUAUACUUCACAUUCCGCAAGGUAUGGCCUUUGCCCUUCUGACAUCUGUGGCCCCCAUCUAUGGCCUUUACACAUCCUUCUUUCCUGUGGUCAUCUACAUGCUGUUAGGCACAGGACGGCACGUCUCCACUGGUACCUUUGCGGUGGUGAGUCUGAUGACAGGCUCCGUGGUGGAGCAGCUGGUGCCCACCCCUCUGGAACUGAACUCCAGCAGCCCUGAAGCCGCAGCCUUCGAGGCCCAGAGGAUCGGCGUGGCCUCGGCUGUAGCCCUCCUCUCAGGGAUCCUGAUGCUCUGCAUGUUUGGGCUCCGGCUGGGCUUCCUCUCCACGUAUCUCUCCGAGCCCAUCGUCAAGGCCUUCACCAGUGCUGCCGCCUUCCACGUCACCAUCUCCCAGCUGCAAAGCAUGCUGGGACUGAGGCUCCCUCGCCACACUGGACCAUUCUCGUUGUUUAAGACGCUAGCAUCAGUGAUCGAGAACCUCCCACACACCAACAUGGCCGAGCUGCUGAUCUCCAUGGCGUGUCUGGCCGUCCUGGUGCCGGUGAAGGAGGUCAACAUGCGCUUCCGCCGACACCUGCGGACACCAAUCCCUGUCGAGAUCCUCACGGUCAUCAUUGCGACAGCGGUGGCGUAUGCCUCUUCUGUGGACUCAGCCUAUGAUGUCCAGAUAGUGGGCCAUAUUCCUGCUGGUUUCCCCAGACCAAGGAUGCCUGCCGUGCACACGAUUCCAGACAUCGCUGGGGACACGGUGGCCAUCACGUUUGUGGGCUACGCUGUUUCUGUCUCCCUCGCAAUGAUAUACGCUGACAAACAUGGCUACUCCAUACAUCCCAACCAGGAGCUGCUGGCCCACGGCAUCUCCAACACGCUGUCCUCUCUCUUCACCUGUUUCCCCAGCUCGGCCACCUUGGCCACCACCAACAUCCUGGAGAGUGCCGGAGGGUACACGCAGCUCUCUGCGCUGUUCACCAGCCUGGUGGUUCUGAUUGUUCUACUGCUGAUUGGACCUCUGUUCUAUUUCCUACCCAAGGCAGUGCUGGCAUGCAUCAACGUGACCAGCCUCAGACAGAUGUUCCUGCAGUUCCAGGACCUCCCAGAUCUGUGGCGAGUCAGCCAGAUUGACUUUGUUGUUUGGCUGGUGACCUGGCUGUCUGUGGUCGUGCUCAAUGUGGAUCUGGGUCUGGCCAUUGGGGUGGUCUUUUCAAUGAUGACCCUGAUCUGCAGAACACAGAGGGCUGGAUGUUCAGUGUUGGGAAGGGCCAGUAACACUGAGAUCUACAGACCUGUAGAGAAUCACAACAAGUGCUACGAGGUGCCUGGGGUCAAAAUCCUCACCUACAACGGGCCCAUCUACUACGGGAACCGCAGCUUCUUCAGGGAGGACAUGAGCCGGCUGCUGGGCCUGACCCCUGAGAGGAUCCGCAGCCGGGAGAAAGCCAGGAAGGCCCUAGAGAAGAGGGAGAGAGAGGCCGUGAACACAGUGGAGAGAGGCGUAGCAAACACCUCAUUUUCGUCCGAGAACGAAUUCUUCAAGUCUGAAAUGUCUGAAAGUGAGGUCCAGGCUGUGCUCAUCGAUUGCAGCAGUGUGAUCUUUGUUGAUGUUGCCGGAGCAAGGCUUUUUAUACAGAUGUGCAUUGAAUGCCAGAAGGUCGGGGUCCUUAUUUACUUAUCAAACUGCAACGAGAGUGUGCUGAGAAUCCUCACCUCCAGUGGUCUGAUGAACUACAUGAACCCUCAGCACAUUUUUGUCACAGUCCAUGAUGCGGUGGUCUACAUUCAACAACAGAAGGAGAAACCUCCAGAAAACACCACAACGGUUUGGGUGUGAGAUGGACAAUCAUUUUAAGGAUGCAGGUCAACCCCAGACAGAGGACAUCCACCUCACUGAUACACCUGGGGAUGAAAUACGGAAAGGGGCACUAGGAACCAAAAUGGACCACACGCGUACAUCUCUCAACCAGGACAUUGAUGUCCGACCGUGGUCUCAUGGGGGAGUGCUGUCUCGUUGGCCUGACUCGCUACCCUUCUGCUCCAGGUGUGCCAUUGUACUCUUCUCUGGAAUGGUUUAGAAGUGGGUGGUACAGUCCGAGCAUACUAUUGAAUCCAAAUUCGAAGAGUGCACUUUGCGGAGAAAAUUCAAGAAUUGUAGUGUCAAACAUAUGCCAAUGUUUUUUGUUGUAUUUUUAUGAAGCAUGUUUAGCCUUUUAUAGCAUUAUCUAUACUAUCACUAUCUGAAGUGAUGGAUUACAGUAUUGAACUAGGAGUAAUUGUACUGUUGUCAUACACUACAGUAGUAAUACUAUAUUGCUGUACUAAUAAGACAAUGCUUUAAUGGGCAUAGACACGACAGUAUUCGAGAAGUCUUAAGCCAUUCAAAAGAUUUGAAAGGCACAUUUACAUGCACACACACAGCUGCACUGGUGAUCCACUGGUUGAUGAAUCCAGCACCCGUUUCUUAUUCCAGACUGGAAUCGACAGAUGAACAAAGGAUCAGCUUAUUUCAAUAAUAGAAAACUAAAUGUCAAUUAAAAUGUCAUUUAAUUUGGAUUAAAUGCUGUAAGACUAAUGGUAAAUCAUUAUAUUAUAACUGAUAUUUAUUGUGAGUUAGGUAUAUUUCUUAAACAAUAUAUGAAUAAAAUGCACUGAAUGCUUUCUAAAAGGACGAUAUCGAAUGAAUUACAGUGCUUGCAUGAUGCACAUUUUACUGCCUUCCCAUGAAAUGUUCUCAUUUUUAUUUGAAAUGAGUGAUCCUUUUCUCCACGUGCUUUGCCAUAGACAUGUAUUUUUUUACUGAUUUAGGUGCAUCUGGCCUAUACACUAAUAUCCGUGGACAUCAAAGAGACUGAAUCUUUAAACAUUUUAAAAUAAGAAUUUAAAUCAUCACAAUCUAAUACAGUCAGGCUAGUUCACACGUAUUUUCACAAUUAAAAAGGAUAGCAUGACAGAUGUGGAAUGUGGAGCAUGCUCAUUUGACAUGUUUGGAAGAGAGAAGAAGAACAGUCUUUGUUUUUGGUGACGGAGGGCAGAAUGUCAGAACACUUUCAGCCUCUCUGAAAAUAGCCUGACAGACAGGAAACUAGGUUAUCUGUUGUGUUGGCUCCAAUACUCACCAUAAGCAAACACUCACUAAAGUUUUAGUGAAAAAUGAGUGAGAGCAGUCAAUGAGCAACUCCAUAUUCACAAAGUCCAGUUAAACCAUAUUGUCUGUCAGAAAAUUCAAGUCGGCAUUGUAAAAUUACAUUACGAAUAAAGUGUGAUUAUAAAAGGAAUUGAUUCACACAAACGAUCCCAGAUUUCCUCAUUUGUCAUUUAUUAGAAUGUUCAAUGUAAAGUGCGACAGCUGAAGGGCCUUGAGUCAGCAUACUGCCCUCUGCCGCUGUGACUCUCUCCUCGCUGUAGGGCACGGCACUCAGUCACAAUCACGCUACCUUGACCUGAUAAAAAGACGCAUGUGCUAUAGAGUUCAAAAACGGGGCAAAAAAAAAGCCAAAACUAAUUAUUUGCUUACUUGAUGUUAGAUGCCCAAGUUAUUAAUUUUUCCCAGUGCAUAUUUCAAAGAACCCUCUAGACAGUAUAUCCUGUGAGUUUUCCCUUUAAAGCUCAAGGAGUGCGUUCCUAAUUGGCAGGAAGGAGCCUACUUCAAUUAGCAGUUUGGUACACAAGGCUCUGGCCAACUGUUUACCAAGCCAACUAGGUACCUCCAGCAGCUCUCAGUCCCAAACACCAACAGACCCACACACACACACACACAUCCUCACCCAGCAGUGUGUGUGUUUCGACACCUGUCCCAGACACACACUGUGAACUCACAGCUGGGCACAUUGUUCACGGCCAGACUGCACGUCUAGGUAAGCAGCUGAAAUGUCAGUGCUUCUUGCAAAUAUGUAAGUCUUGACAUCAAAAUAAGGUUUCCAUUACAGGACCUAAACUAAUUAAAAUGUGUAAUAUGCAGUGUUUUCAUGGGGGAAACUGAUUAACAGAUCAUAGUCUAUAUUGUAACGAAAUAGAAUGGGAUAAUACAUAUUGAACAUUGACUCCAAUACUGUAUAUUAGUACAUCUAAAAGGCAAGCAUACUGCAAUGUGUAGUUUGUAACAUAUCAAACAAACCAGAUAGUUUGUCAAAGUCCAAUACAAGAACAAAAUAGCUAAAUACAUUUUUGCCUUCUGCCUUUUAUCUUAUCAAAAAUAACGGCUGACUUCCUUAUGUCUUUAAUUGCUUUCCAACUCUUUGCUUUAAAAACCCUAGUACACAUACUGCUUUUGAUAAGCAAAAAUGUGUGCUCUUUUUUUGGUUGGUUCUUUCAGUAGUGUUUGCCUGGUCUUUGAUCGCCACCUUGUGGUUACGUAAGGGAUAAUGCCCGACUGGGUGUACAAUA